GCUUUUGUCAAAUUAGUGGAUUAGUUGGGGUAAAGUGGGGACAAUGAAUGACUGGGUUGAAGACGUUUGUGAUAAAGUAGAGACAGAGCUAGGAUUUUCUACUGCUCUCAGCCAUAUAUACUUCUCUUGGAAUCUGCUCGUCAGACACUUCAUUAGCUGUUUUCUCUGUGCUGCUCUGCUCUUGUGAUAGUGCUACACUUGAUUCCUAAUAGAAGAUAGAAACAUGAGCUGUUUAGCUUGAUUUUUUUACAAGUUAUCUUCUUUAUUAACUGUUGUAAAUCACCGAAGAAGGAAGGAGGAUUGGGUUUACAAGUUACUUACCUCUUCAAUUUGAAUAUCUUUACCUCUUCAGUUUGAAUAACUUUUGCUAUGGUUU